AUGCUAUUGAACGGGGGGAAACCUUUGGGUUAUCGAUGGCGCUCAUCGAACUUUUUCAUCCUAUCUUGUGUCACAUUAGCUCUCUUCUCAGAAAACUUUCUAUACAGCUUCAUCGUCCCCAUCUUGCAGCAAAUGCUUGAAGACCGUCUUCACCUCGAUCCAAGCAAGACACAAACAUACACUUCGGCCGUUUUUACAUCCCAUGCGUUGGUCUGCUUCUUUUCCGGACCCAUCAUCGCGGCCUGGGCAGAUUCUGUUCCAUCACGAAAGGGACCUCUGCUGGUGUCUCUAGGCGGAGAGAUCGUGGGCACGAUUGUCGUCGCCGCUGCCACAUCACUGCCGGUACUCCUCUUUGGGCGCAUAAUCCAGGGCAUCGCUGGUAACGCAGCAUGGAUUAUCGGGUUUGCAACCGUGGCCGACCUCGUUGAGGAUGAACAGAGAUCCCGUGUAUUUACCACGACAUCCAUGUUCUUCAUGUCUGGAUUGGUGGUGGGUCCGGCGACCUCAGGAAUACUAAUAAAGCUUGUUGGAUACUGGCCGACCUGGCUCACGGCGAUCGCUCUCCUCGUUUUUGAUAUGAUGAUGCGGCUUGUCAUGAUCGAAAGUCCACUCAGGCUAACAAGAGAUGUUAAAGAGACAACAUCCGAUCCCAGUAUAUCAGAUGAGACCUCUGACCUACUUCCUGGGAAUUCACCGGGUCCCUGCAGACAAGAAGACACACCGUGGCAGGAAGGCGACCCUGCCUCGUGUUUAUCCGGAACGACCGAAUCCUCAACCCAAAGCUUCUAUAAGGUUAUUCUCAGCAACCCUCGCGCUCUAACUGCCUUGGCAUGCCAUGCGUUCAAUGCCCUUAUUCUCGUUAGCUUUGAUACUACCUUGCCCCUCUAUGUGACGCGAGCCUUUGGCUGGGACUCCUCCCGGACAAGCAUGAUGUUUAUGGAGCUACAGCUGCCGGCAAUAUUGCUUUCCCCUUUCGCUGGCUGGAUGAAGGAUCGGAUAGGAACCAGCGGUCCGACUUGUUUAGGAUUUCUGGCCACUGCUUUCUUACUUUGGGUUCUAGGCACCUGUGGUCCUGACGGUCUGCCAUUUAUAGGCUCCGGCGAGAGGGGACAGGCAGUUUACAUGGCUUCUAUGCUUGGUUUGGGCUUUGCACGACCUCUACUCACUGGAUGUGGAGUGAUUGAAAUGACUAGCGUUGUUGCAGAACUACAAAAGACACAACCCGCUAUCUUCGGUCCCAAUGGUGGGAUGUCCAGGGCCUAUUCUCUGACUAACAUGGCCUGGACGUCCACUAUGUUCCUCGGACCUAUUCUUACUAGCACUCUUACCCAAACGGUAGGAUAUUACUACAUGAACUUCUUUCUUGGUAAAUCCCCGUCCUCGAAGCUGGCCAUAUGUAUCGUUGCGCUAACGCUUUGGAUCUCGCAGCGAUUUUCUCCUUGA